AACUAACCACUUUCAUGUUAACUUUUAAGUCUGGCUAAUGUUCCAAAUAACCAAACCUUGUGAACAUCUUAAUGUGUAACAAGACAUAAAUGUCAUCUCACCACUACAUGAGUUUAUGUGCACUGGUGUAUUAGGUUAUCUGACUAAGUACGAGGCAAUUUGGGUGGUUUGCAGUUACAUAUGUGCUACUGAGUUAUGUAAAACUGUAGAGUAUGGGUUGGAUCCUUCAAAAGUCGCCUUACUUAACCUAACUAGUUAAAUCAAAUGAAACUAUUUAAAAUAUCCUUUGUGAUUUAUCACUGAUGAUCAUCCUGCCAUACAAUACCAUAUAACCACUGCAGCUGAAAACAUGCUGUACAUUCAGUGGUCUCCAGAUAGCCAGUACAUUCUGUGUGCUCUGUAUCAACAUAGUACCAUUCAAGUAUUCUCACUUCAUAGUCCUGACUGGAAAUGCAAACUGAGGCACAGUGUGUGUGGGAUUGUAGAUGUGUGUUGGAGUCCAGACAGUCGACAUAUUCUAACAACUGCAGAAUUCCAUGUUUCCAUUUGCAUUUGGUCAUUAGUUUCUCAUACUGUUAAGUACAUCACAUGUGUGAAAGAGACUACCAAACCAUGCUUUUCAUUUAGUUCCGAUGGCAGCUGGCUGGCAGUGGUUGAAGAUCAAGGAGAUUUGGAUUGUAUAUCCAUUUUUUCAGCAUCUUGGAAGCUGAGAAAGCAAAUAUCUUGUGUGGGUUUGGGCAGAAUAGAAGGCUUCUCAUGGACACCAGAUGCUUCUGCUAUAUGUGUGUGGAAAGGAGCACCAGACAAAUGCCAGCUGCAAGUGUAUGAAAUAUCAACAGGCGAACUGAGGGGAAACUUUCAGUCAUCUGAAAGCAGAAUGUGUGGAAUCAAAGCCGUUGCUUGGAUGCCAUCUGACGGGAAUGUUAUAAUGUGGAAAAAGUGUAAAGAUACAGAAAAUGGAUAUCAUUGGCAAUACUGGACCUUUUACAGUGAAGAGAGAAAACCAAACAAUAUUCGGUUGCUGAACCACAUCACUUGGCAGCCAAUGGUGGAGUUUCCUCACUCUGACAUUUUAUUAGAUAAAGUUUGCACUGUAUAUCAAGAAUCUUUCACCAAAGAACAACCCAGCAAGAUAUCAUUUGAGCUAAUUCAUGGAAGGCCUGUGAUUAUUUCAUCUCUGCAAAUGGACCUGGAAAACCCUACAAAAUUAAUGGGUACUGGACUGGCAGUGUUCAGUAGCUGCGGGUACUUCUUGGCGACAAGGGCAGAUAAGAUGCCUGCUGCAUUAUGGAUCUGGAGCAUCAAGGAGAUGGCACUACAAUCUGUCAUAGUUCAUAAGCAGCCAGUUACAGCAAUUUGCUGGGCUCCAGUUGAACCAAGAUUAGCCAUUGUGUCUGGAUCAAACUUUGUGAGCCUGUGGGUCAACAAGAAAGUGAUGGUUCACAUGACUGACCAACUUUGUGUAUCUGAUGUGAGAUGGGAUCACUCUGGAGAGUGCUUGGCUCUAUGUGCCACCACUAAAGUAGCAUUUUUACAAAUGCCAGCUUUGUGAUAACCUCGUUAUAUUAAGAGUAUACCUUUGUAGUUAUAAUUAAGUUGACAAAUGCAUGUGUUAGGUAUUCACAGUAAUUUUUUUUAAAUUUUCUCAAAAAUAACCUAUCAUGUGAAAAGUAUAUACAUGGCAGGAACUUGCUUUAAUGGAAACAACCUUCAAUUUGUUAUGCACUAAAAGUAUAAAAUAUAAUUUAGAUCAUCAAUUAAGUGGUAAUCAUAUUGCAUGAGAGUCCAAAAAUUUAUAUUUUGUAACCCAAUUUAAGUCAGAUUUUCUGAGAAAAGGAACUGAAUUUCAACAAGUCAUUCACAAGUGAUCAUGUGUCCUUGAGCAGCUGGUGUUUGCUUCAUGGUUUUGUUUGGCUGUGACUGUCUUGAAUGUUCUUGCUGGGGCGGGAAUUUGUUGUGUUGAUGGCCAACCACAACACAACAAAUAUGCCCAGCUCAAGGACACCUAAACAAAAAAUGGAUGGUUAACCCACAUAACCAGAUGCAAUCUGAGGCCUCUACAUAACAGAAACAGAACAGCAUUACUGUGAGCAGCAGGUUCCUUGAUCACAACAACCUGUACACCUGAAGAUGGUAGGUUAGGCCAAAACAUGUAGUGAUGACAAAGAGAAGACUGAGAUAAUGUUAACUGACAUUGCACACAGACAGCAUUAAACGCAAAGUCAGAUCUCAGCAGUGCAACAGGAUGCUGCAAUGUAACAUUAUGCCUGAUAUCAGUUUUUAUGUAAAAUUCAUUCAUGGUCUUCUGGCUUAUGACAUGGUUACCAAAGUUUUCUGCUGAUCUGUUGAAGCCAGGGGCAGUAUGUUCUCUGGUAACCAUCUACCAGGCAACACAGUAUCAUAACUUAGGAGACCAGAAUAAGAUUUUCACCAUUGUGAAAGAUUAAAAUCUGAUACUGUGUAAAAUUGUUUGUAUUUUCAAAUCUGGUGGAUACUGUAAGGAGUAAUCACUAAACCAUAGUAGUUCUGUUUUUCCUUAUAAAGGAAAGAACUUGAGAGGUAAAGCUAUCCCUAUAACAGGCCAUGGAGGCUCCUAGGGUUAUGAGAUGUCGAGGCUCCCACAUUUUCU